AUUUGCCUCAAAUUACCGUGUUCCUUCUACGCUUAUACUUUCCAAGGAACCUCAUCAAUUGAUACACUCAUCGCAUCAAUGCUCCCCUUCUUCGUCCUCCAUCUCAUGCUAAGCCAAGAGCUACACUAGUCCCAAAACGGGCUGAGAAGCUCCGCGGCGACGCAAAGGCCCGCAGACCUCCAAGCCAAGCGAUAUGACAUAUUAGCUCAACUUCUAAACACCACGUCCAGUCACUGUCAUGAGGAGCCCGUAGGCUGCAACUUGCUGGCCACAACCCCGAGGUGAUUUGCCAGAGCUUCUCAUCAUCGAUCGGUCGAUGCAUGCUCGGAUAACGAACGAUAAAGCACAUGCAACGUGGACGGCGCAGCUAAGCCUUCUCUUCCUGGUAUGCCACAAUGUGGCGUGAUCGGACCAACCUCUAUAUCUCAUACCGCCAAUCCUUCGCCCACCAUCCGACCAAGAAGCCACGUUACUUUGGACCAUCGCAGGGCUUCACCGACUCGCCGUCGAUAUCAGAAGAAAGGCGCGGCCUGAUCGCCGGCGCGGACUCUUUCGAAGAUGAUGGCGAUGUGGUGAUUGAAAUGGACCUGCUACCCCCGCGGUGGAUGGAUGUGCAGGACGAAGUGAAUGAAUUGCUCGCCGAUAUCGCGCAGAAGGCUGCGCGACUAGACCAGCUACAUCAAAAGCACAUACUUCCCGGAUUCGGCGAUGAGACAGCGCGUAAGAAAGAGGAGGAUUUUAUUGAGCAGCUUACUCAAGAGAUUACUCGCGGGUUUCACACUUGCCAGAAUGCCAUUCAACGGAUCGAGGUUAUGGUAAGGGAGCAAAAGCAGUUGGGAGGCGUGACUCAGGGGGAUGAGACGUUGGCUAAGAAUCUUCAAAUUUCGCUUGCAUCGCGAGUUCAAGAUUCGAGUGCUCUCUUCAGGAAAAAGCAAAGCACAUACUUGAAGAAACUACGGGAACUCGAGGGCAUGGCCUUGCCAUUCGAGCGAGUUUCGACGCCUGUGCAAAGUACAUAUGCAGACCAUUCCCUCAUGGAAUCUGAUGCCGACAAGUCAUUUUCACAAACCACCCUACUGCAAACCUCGCAGAAAUUGAUUGGCACGAACGACGAGGCUAUUGCACAACGCGAAAGAGAGAUCAAUGACAUUGCAAAAGGAAUUAUUGAGUUAUCCGACAUAUUCCGCAGUUUACAGUCAAUGGUUAUCGAUCAAGGCACUAUGUUGGACCGUAUAGACUACAACGUAGAGCGAAUGGUCACGGAUGUCAAGCAUGCAGAUACCGAGCUCAAAGUGGCUACCAAUUACCAAAAGAAAACCACCAAGCGCAAGAUCAUCUUGCUCCUGCUGUUGAUUAUUGUAGGAAUGAUAAUUCUUCUCAUAGUCAAACCCAAGCGCCACGAUUCUCCCCCUACCACACCACCACCUCCAGAACAGCAGGAGCAACAACAAGAUACACCGCAAUUCAUGCGAAGGAGAAUAGUCAAUCUCGGUUCUUCUCUGGCUGAUGAAUCCAUCCACCAUCACCACUGGCGUCAAUACGAGCCAUCUUAUUCUUCAUUGUCAAAUUGGUUACCGAGCAACAUCGAUAUCGAUCUGACAUGAUCAUACAGCUAAUAGAUUCGAUCGUUAUAUUGUACAUUAUGAAAUGAUAGCUACUUUAGCGAGACGUUUACGUUUUUUUCUCGAUUACAGAGAAUGCAUGAUUAUUUACU